AUGGCGAAAACUACUUUAACUGAUCUCAAUUUGAUAACUGUAUUCUAUUGUUGAAAAUUUCAAAGAUGUGAGACGUGAUUACGAUCACAUUGAGUAAAAUAAUGAGUGUAAAUGUUGCUCUAUCCUUUGAAGACGAUGAAGAGGAAAAGUACUUCUAAAAUGUCUAAAAUGCUUCGUUUAAUGGCAGUAAAGUGAACAAGUGGAGCUCUUGAGUACACAGUACUACACACGCAAUAUUCAACUCGAUAUCAAGGAAUGAAAUAUAAAAAAGAUAUCAUGAAUUGUGAUGCCAUUUUUUGAAGAUGCUGGAACAAAGUAUUACCGAACCCGAAGAGCUAAGCGUUGAGAACUUGGAAGUGUUCUUGGAAGAGCAGACAUUUGUUGACUAUUUCAACACAUUCCUUGCCUUACCAUGUUUUGCAGAACGUCUGUUUUACAACAAAGAGUUCGCCCAGUUUGAAGAAUUUAUAGAAAGGCUCGCUGACGACGUAGGAGCAGGUGAUGCUCAUGCAGCAUCGCAGCUAAGAAAACUGACUCAUUUUAAAGGAACGAUCUACAAUGUGACAAAUAACCAGUCAAGAAUAGGAUACUACGUCAUGGUGCUCGAUAAAGCUCAGGGGCUUGAUUAUGUGAAGAAGUAUAGAGUACCUUUGUUUCUUAGAAGCGAGUUGUAUGCGGAGUAUAAACUGACGAUGGUGCUUUCCACUGUACAGUCUACAUUCCUGGGUGACUUCAGGAUGGACGAAGAGUUCAGCAUCGUAGCAAGCACAACCAUUAGCAACCGAAAACGAAGCGCUGUAAGCUUCAACUUAAGCAGCCCCGACCGUGAGGACUUCAGCUCCUUAGGAGAACGAAGCACAGCAGAUUCGCCGCACAUUCGCACACUCGACGAUACUUUUUCAGCCUGGAAUGACUCUUUUAGGCGAGCAGACAGUCGAGGAAGUUUGUAUAGUUACGCUGGAGGUAGUCAGUUCUCAAGAACUCCAGAUAUCGUAUUUGAAGAUGGAUCUGAGUCAAGUACGACUUCGUCUUGUGAGAAUGAUAAAGAAACCGAUUCACGACCUUCAUCUCGUAUGAGUUUUGUAAGCAAUGUUUCUGGUGUGUCUGCUAAUUCCGUUUCAAUAUCAAAUGCUGGAUCUGUCAAGUCAAUCGAAAGUGAAGGAAGCAUUCGCUGUGUUGGAGAAAAAAGACCUGAGCCAAAUUCACAGAUAUCUGGAGAAAAUAUAACUGAAGAUAAAACUAUGGAAAAUGAGAAUGCAACAGAUAGUAAUGAUGUUUUAAAUGAAGACUUUAAGAAAAGCAUUUCAAACGAAAUUUUUGCAGAAAUUUCGCACGACAAGUCUACUAUGCACAAAGAAAACUCAAAAGAAAAAGAAGUUGGGUUUUCUAACGGUGAUAAAGACUUGAGAGAAAGCGUAGACUUUGACAACACUUUAAGCGGAAAAAAUGAAAGUCAAAAUAUUGUGGAUGAUUCCGAAACGGGUGAAAUUUCGAAAAAGAGCGAAACUUUUGCUCCCGAGCAACAGAAGGAAAGAGUUAAAUCACUUCCUUCGUCACCAGAAUCUUCAGCGAGAGAAAACGCUGAGGUGCUAGAAAAUGAAGGAAUGACUUCUUUAAAAUCAUCUCGCAUAUCUUCUGCUCCAUCUAAAGGAGAUGAAAAACAAAUGAUUGAAGCAGAAAUUAUUUCGCGGCCUUCAGAAGCAAAGGAAGAAUUGGUUGAAAACGAAAAACUAGUCGAGAUGCCAAAAAGUCAACCAUCUACGAGUAAUUCCGAUUUCAGUAGUGAAGUCUCGAUACCAAUAAUCGUGUCUGACGAUGGACAUUCGGGAACAGCCGACGAAGUAUCGAUUAAAGACAGAAGUUUUUCAAUUGCUACGAAAGAACACGAAAAUUCAAAAACUGAUCGAACAGAAACGACCAAUGGGAUACCGAGUAUGACUGAGAAUGAAGUAGAAGAAGGAAGAAUAGGAAAAAGGCCUAGAAACAUAGGAAGUGGUGAUUCAUCAAACAGAGAUAUUACGUCGGUACAAGAAGAAGAUGAAGACAACGAAAGCGAAGAUAAGAAAUCCGAAAAACUAAUUGACCUUACAAAUGUAGGCGAUGAAGGAGAACUAGGGUCUGAAGAUCCUAACCUGGACGUUGAAACUGGUAGCCAAUACACACUGAAAGGAAUACAGGGGAUUCUGAAUGCAAGACGGAGAGUCAGUAUCGCUGCUACGUCAGUAGGGUUUGAUUUAGAUGAUAUAGACGGUUUAGAUGAUGAUGAUUGGUGUGAGGAGGAUAAGCCUUAUGACCUGUCUACGAAGGAAGGAUUGGACGAGUUUAAGGAGUUUUUGUUGGGCACUAAUGGCGAGAAGUUUUUGAGAUUCUGGAUUGAAGUGGAAUGUGCGAAAUAUGUGGAAGACGAUUCCGAGACACAAAUCAUAACUCGAACGAUCAUUGAGAAGUACUGGAAGACAGGAUCGCUGUAUGAACUGUCACGUGAUGUCAAGAGAAAGCUUGGGUUGGAAGACUCGUCUAAAGUGACGUACACGAAAAUUAUGGAUGAACAUUAUAAAGUAUUAGACCCGAUUAUGAAUUAUUGGUGUCCUCGCUUCACAAUGCACCAACAAAACAGAUCCGAUAGCCAAGCAUUAGACUACGUGCGCCUCAUGGCUGAGAGACCCAGAACAGCCGUAAGAAGUGAGAACGACUCAACCAGCUUAGCACAGGAACCUGACGCGUGUGGGAUGUCCCAGAUGACGUACAAAAAACAGCUGAUCAGACCUAAAAGCUGUAGGACCCAGGGAGGGGAGGGAGAGUCGAGACCAAUCACAGCCAAGCAGAAACUGAGGGCCAAGUCUGCUCAUCCGAGACUGAUACCAGCUACCACGCCUGUUAAUACUAAUGCAAGCACAAUACAGUUACAGAACGUUACAGCUCCAAUUCGUAAGAGCUGUGGCUUCAUGCUGAACCAACCACUGUCCUUCCAAGGUCACCACCAACCAGACUACGCAUCGUCUGUUAGACUCUACAUUAAACCCGUGCCUACCCCUGACGGGAAAUUAACAAAACUUUUAGGGCGCCUUCAGCGGACCGCGGUAAGAACAGAAGCACCCCAGCAAGUAAAGAACAGUGAGGAGGAAGAAGUGAACACUGGUAGUGAUGAGAUCAACUCACUGAUUGAGGGAUUAAUAUUAGAGAGACAAACUGGAGGCUACUUUCAGAAGGCUAUUCAAAAUAUGGGAAAUAAGUUAUGGAUAGAUUGUCUAUCUUUCUGGAAAUCCCUUCAAGAAUACAACGCUUUGUUCUUUGCUGAUUCCUUGAAUCCUUCCACGCUGUCCAGUAAAGCAAUGUUGAUGUAUGCCAGGUACGUGGUACCGAGUGGUGCACAGUGCAUCGGAGUCAGUAAAGACAUCGAAAAUCAGGUUUUCAAGCAGGUUGACCCGCCCUACGAAGAACUGUUUGAUGGGGUGGAAGACCACGCCCUACACUGUCUACUCGAGCCAUGGAAGCAACUCAAAGAACAGGGAAAGGAUGAUUAUAGCACGAUCCCCAUCGAACAAAAACUGCGUCAUAUUGAGAUCAAAGUAAUGCAGAAGAGACGACAAAGUGUCAUUCAAACACACGAGCACGAUGGAAUCGAUGAAGAUAUCGAAAAAGAAAAGAUUUCAAUAGAAGAAGCAAGUCGCCCGAUGCCCGUCCCGAAGGAUGGAUUUUCCUUUGAGACCUUGAUAAGGAAUAGAAAUGAAGUGGAACACUUUAGAGAAUUCUUAAGUAAAAAACACACCAAAGGAAUCAAGGAUCUGAUGGCCUGGACCGACAUGGAGACACUUCGACGCAUUCCUCGAUUCCUGGACGAAAAGCGCGACCAAAAGGCAAAAGACGUUAAAUCUUCUUGGCUUACCAAAAAUUAUUUCUUUGGUAACGAUAGCCCUGCUACACGAGAGGGACAAGAUCUGAUCAUGAGCAUUAAUGGCAACCGCGUCAUCAAGGAACGCCCAACAACACCCGUCAUUUCCGAAGCUCAAAAGUUUGUGCGCGCGCGCAUUGAAAGGCGUUGGUUGAUGCUGUUCAAACAGACCGCGGAGUUCAUGGAACGACAGAAACCACGUGUGACGGCACCGGAAGUGGUCGAAGAUGUUAUGCUUAAGAGAAGACUACAGAGAAGCGAAGCAGCCUGGAAGAUUCUCAACAGUCGUUGGGUUUCAUCAUCACGUGAUGUUGUUGCUUUGCGCACGUGCCUGCUCAACCCACAGUCGUGCGCGGAAUUCAGGACGUUUGUUGCUUUGAAGGGAGACACGUUUGAGAAUGACGUGGAUUUUUGGCUUGAAGUGCAAAAGUUCAAGGAUCUGUGCCAUGCGCAUGCGCAAGAAAGCUUCGUUCGCCGUAAGGUCCAAGCAAUCACAGAUUGUUACUUGAAUUCUGCCAUCGCGCCUGAACUACAAAUAGACAUUCCAAUCGAAAUGGCGGAAAAACUACUGGAGAAACUAACAGGAAGACUAACGAUGCACCCUUACAUCUUCAGAGAAGCACAGAUGACAGUGUUUCGGAUUCUCUUCAACCAUUGGAAGGAGUUCAUCACCUAUCGAAGUAAGCUGCCUGCAGACAAAUCCCUGUUGGAUCACCUACAAGAGAAGUUGACUGCACAACGUGCUGAAACCAAGGCCAAGCGAGAAGCCAGUGAAAGGCGGAGACUGGCGAGGCUGAGCGCUGAAAGGAAGAAGAAAGAAAAGGAAGAAAGAGAAAAGAAACGCAUGGAGGAUUUGGCAAGUCUGUUUAGUAUCGACACAGCCUCGGUGUUUUAUUCCGAGGUGGAGGAUGAGAUGAAUUCAUGGUAUUACUCGAAGCACGUGGUAGAACAAGAACGACAAGAACACAUCAAAAGACUAAAAGAACAGGGACUAGAAAUACCUCCUGAGUUGCUCCUCGAAGAGAAAGAGGAAACAAAAAGCCGUCGAUCACUUCUCUCAAGCAUAAAGCCGAUUGGUCAGGACGGUAAACCAAUCAAAGACAAGAAGCGGCAAAGCAUGUCAGUGCAAGGUGGGAUAAGCGAUAAAGAAGAAAGUGAGAAAGACGGCCCCAAAGGACUUCAAGCAAAGCUUUUACAAAACCUUAAGAAGCAGUACGCAGGUCAGACGACCGCGUCGCUGUUGCCAGGGCGACGGGGAUCGACCCUAUCCGUAGCGCUGUCACUACGAAGGAACUCCAAUAUGUCACGAAAAUCCGACAAAGUGAGCAUCCAAGAGGAAAAAAAUUCUUCUGAAACUAAAGAUACUGAUAAAGAUCAACAAGAGGAUGCCAAAGAAGGCGAAUCGAAAACAGCUGAAAAAGAUGGAAAAUCAAGGAUUAAAGCCAAGCAAGAGAUACCCAAAGUAUUGGUUGAUGAGAUCCAAGUGAUUCCAGAUGAAAGCACCGAUGAUGACCGUGAUGACGAUGACAAAAGGAAAUUCACCCAACAAGCGAAGUUACUAGGGUCUAGAGGACAACGAAACAAGCGAUUAUUACAACCAGCUGGCAAAGGAUCACGGGUCAAAAAAGGGGUACCCUUAGACGCUAUUUCGUGUAUUAGUGAUUAUAGUAUGAUUAGUAAUAUUGAUUAUCAGCAUGUAAAGAAGAGCAAAGUAGCACAGAGGUCUGGGGCUGCUACUCCGUUGACGUUCAAGUCUCUCAAAGAUUUCACCAACUCGCCUGAAGGUGCGCCUCUUGCCAUUCCAUUACCGCUGGUCAGAAUCACCUCCGCUUCACAUAAAGAUGGUUCAAAAGACGAUACCUCACAAGUCGAUCCUGGAACUAAAACUCGUAACAUUCUGUCUUCAACAAAACCAAGAAUGAGCUCCGCUAAGCGGAAAGCACUGGAGGCGAAGAAAAGAGACAGUGUUGUUCCGGAUGUGAUUGUAAAUUGAUUCUAGUGUGAGGCACGAUAGAAAAUAUUUAUGAGAAUAACAUAAAUAAUCUCCAAGAUUUUUAGAUGUAAUACUGCGAGAUACCCUUCCAUUUUUCUUGGUUUCUAUUCGUAAUCCGUCCCUCGUCCCCGCCCCCUACCCCUAGGGGGACUCGAAGCUCGGCCCUAGUCUUCGCUUGGCCCGCUUGACCCUAAAAAAAUACCGUGAAUAACAUUCUGCUUUCUGCACCAGUCGUGAAUAUAAUCGACAAUAAAUAUUUAUUCUCAGUUAGUUUUUUAUAUUAAUAAUUAAAGUAUUUAACAUAUCGUCCGACUGAACGAUAUGGCUACAAAGUAAAAGAAGGUUCGAGUCGUAUUAUGUUUUAAUAA